AUGAAAAUUUUGCUUAUCUUGAUAUUAAUAGAUAUAUUUGAGCUGACAUCCCUACCAGCUUGGGAUGCUAAUGCAAAAUUUAGCUAAAACGACUUACACAUUUUAGAGGAAAGAUCAAUAAUAAGAGGGUACUACAAAGAUGUAGCAUCAUAAUCUAAUGGAGCCAUUAUAUCAUCAGCUAGAGCAAAUAUUUUUGCCAGACCUAGUAUUGAUAAUAGUCCUCUUAGAAAUUCAAUUUAUUUUACCGACGCUGUUGCACCUGGACAUGUUUACUUUGCAUUACAUUAAUCAUUAAUUGUAGAAUUUUUACAAGCAUAUGAAAUUAACAAAAUUAGAUAUUGGAUGGUGGAUGUUGACGCCAGAGUGACAACUAUGCAAAUUUAUAUCGUGGGUUCAGACAGGUAAACUGAAACUCUGAUACUUGACGAUUUUGUAUAACCAGGAGUACAUACUCUAAAAUUUCCUGAUUAAUUAGUAUCAAAAAUAAGAUUCUACAAUAAAGGUGGUAAUACUAUAAAUAGUUUCAUGGCAUUAAUUAAAAUCUAAGCCUAUUAUGCAUUUUGA